AGAUUUCUGUCUCACCCAGGGUUCCAGUUUCUGGUCCUUUAGAGAAAGCCUUGGGGCUGGGCUGGUGAUGGGGAAGCAGAAGGUCCGGCUUCCGGAGGACGGUGAUCCUCUCCUCCCCCUUCACCCUCCAGAGCCACACACUGAUGGAGACACCUCUUGAGAAGGCCCUGACCACUAUGGUCACCACUUUCCACAAAUAUUCGGGGAGAGAAGGCAGCAAACUGACCCUGAGCAGGAAGGAACUCAAGGAGCUGAUCAAGAAGGAGCUGUGUCUUGGAGAGAAGAUGAAGGAGAGCAGCAUUGAUGACCUGAUGAAGAGCUUGGACAAGAACCGUGACCAGGAGAUCGACUUCAAGGAGUACUCAGUGUUCCUGACCACUCUGUGCAUGGCCUACAAUGACUUCUUCCUGGAGGACAGCAAGUGACCAGAGCUCAGCCCCUUGCCCGUCACAGACCCUCUGUGGACCCUUGCCCUCCUCUCCCUUCCGGACAGACCCUGCUUCGGCCUUCCCUUCUGGCAGGGGAAAUAAAAAUGUUUGAUUCCA